CCCUCUGCCUAAGGAGACUUAAAGAGCAAUUGAAACAAAUUUUUACCAAACAUUUUAAGUCAGGUGUGUGCCCAAUCACUGAUGAGUGGUUUAAACCUGCCCUGGACACUAUAAAACACACACCUGGUAAGAAUUGUCUUGAUGUGAAGCAUUGGCUGAUGUUCAUCAUGGCCCGGUUUAUUGGUUUGUAUAAAGCUGGGAAAGGAUACAAAACCAUCUCUAAAAGUCUGGAUCCUCAUCAAUCGACAGUCAGAGAACUUGUCUACAAAUGUUGUUUACAAACUCUCUCCCAAGGAGUGGCCCUCCACUGAAGUUCAGUGCAGAAUACUCAGAGAGGUAAAAAAGAACCCUAGCGUGUGUGCUAAAGACUUACAGAAAUCACUGGCACAGUCCAAUAUCUCUGUGCACACAUCAACUACACGUAAAACUAUGGUCAAGAAUGGUGUUCAUGGGAGUGCUCCACGGAGGAAGCCACUGCUGUCUAAAAAAAACCUUGUUGCUUGUUAAAUAUUUGCAAAAAGGCACUCUGACACUCCACAGAAGUUGUGGUAAAAUAUUUUGUGGACUGAUGAAACUGAAGUUGAAUUGUUUGGGAGUAACACACAACGUCAAAAUUGAACAGCUCACCAACAUCAACACCUCAUCCCCACCGUGGUGGAGGGAGCAUCAUGAUUUAGGGCUGUUUUGCUUCCUCAGGGCCUGGAUAACUGGCAAUCAUUAAUGGAAGAAUGAAUUCAAAAGUUUUGCAGGAAAACCUGAGGCCAUCUGUCAGACAGUUGAAGCUAAAAGGAGGAUGGAUGCUGCAACAAGACAAAGAUCAAAAACAAAGAAGAAUAUUCACUUCCGAAUGGUUUGAGAAGAACAAAAUACAUGUUUUGGAGUGGCCAAGCCAAAGUCCAGACUUGAACCCCAUUGAGAUGCAGUGGUAUGACCUAAAGACAGGGAUUCAUGCCGCACAUCCCAGGAAUCUGACUGAACUACAGCAGUUUUGUAGAGAGAAUGGGCCAAGAUUAGUCAUGAUCGAAGUGUCAGACUGAUCUGCAGCUACAAGAAGCGUCUGGUUGAAGUUAUUGCUCCCGAGGGGAUUGGGGGGGGCACAAAAUAUUAAAUGUGAUGGUUCACUUACUUAUUUUCCCCCUUCUGUCAUUGUUCGCAUACUAUCCUCAAUAAAUAUGAUAACCUAUAAAUGCUUGGGGGUUCAGUAUCGAUACUUCAAUACUUUUUUUUUAUACUUUUGACAAUGCUACCAAAUAUAAAUGUAAAAAUUCUAAGGCUGUCAAACGAAUAAAAUUUUUAAUCGAGUUAAUUACAGCUUAAAAAUUAAUUAAUCGUAGUUAAUCACAAUUCAAACCAUCCAUAAAAUAUGCCAUAUUUUUCUGUAAAUUAUUGUUGGAAUGGAAAGAUAAGACACAAGAUGGAUAUAGACAUUCAACAUACGGUACAGAAGUACUGUAUUUGUUUAUUAUAACAAUAAAUCAACAAGAUGGCAUUAACAUUAUUAACAUUCUCUUAAAGCGAUCCAUGGAUAGAAAUACUUGUAGUUCCUAAUAGAUAAAUGUUAGUACAAGUGAUAGAAAUUUUAUAUUAAAACCCCUCUUAAAUUUUUCGUUUUAAUAACAUUUGUAAAAUUUUCAAUCAAAAAAUAAACUAGUAGCCCGCCAUUGUUGAUGUCAAUAAUUACACCAUGCUCACUCUGCAGAGGGAGACAAAACUCCAAAAAACACAAGUAACAAGUUGGCAUUGCACUGUGCUGUCAUUUUAAUCUGUUUGAGCGGGGCCUGUGCGUUAAUUGCGUCAAAUAUUUUAACGUGAUUAAUUUAAAAAAUUAAUUACUGCCCGUUAACGCGAUAAUUUUGACAGCACUAAUAUUAAUGUGAUAAGGCAUCUUUCAGUGAACUUCGAGUAAAGUUGAAGUAUCUAAAGUUCGGGCAGAGUGUCCUGUUUUUUUGGAAAUCAAAAUAUGGUCAGCGGUACCUCGAGAUAUGAAAGCUUCUGUAUCCAAAAAGUUUUUCAAAGCUUAUUCGCUUCAAAGUACGAAAAAUGAUUCAUCGUUGGAAAGAUAAUAGAACCGUCAUUCGCAGCUCGCAGCAAUGCAACAAUUUCAUUACGUCUGACUAUAAAUUUUUUUCAGUGAGACCAAAUGGCAGUCGAUGGCUCGUCUUUAAGCACUCUGCGUUUGCUAUGAGCUUCAGUUGUCAUGUGAUAACGUCUGUAGAAUGAGCCUAACAAACUACUUACACUUAAGUGCCACUAGGGGUCGACAAAGCACUACAAACAAACAAUCAGAGGAAAUGACGGCAAAUUAAAUGUGCUGUUUUUAGUACAGCUUGGAACAAAUCAGGCCAGAAAUCCACGAUACGAAAGACACUCAGGAACAAAUUCAUUUUGUGUAAAUCGCCAAGUGGAGGAAAAAAGGUAGUCUGGAAAAGACGGUCAUUUUUGUAUUGAAUUGAUGACAUGAGUUCACAUGAAAUUCAUCUUUGACUUCUGGCUGCCCUCAUUUUUCUGACUUCUAUAUUUAGCUCCAUAAAAAAGGAGCCAAUCCCCAUCAGAGGACCAUAAAUGGAAAGUUUCUCCACAGAUAGAGUGCCAAGCUGUUGCAUUAUCCGUGAGUCUUCCUGAAUGUCGACUUUGCUGAGUUUUGACCCACAAGUGUCUUGUUCCUUUUUGUGGGGUUGGUGUGCCCCCUGUCUGAAAAUAGUGCAGGGGGGAACGAGAGAAUGCGGUCCCGCUCGCUCGGCGCCCGCCGGGGGAACAAACACACGUGGGACAGAGUUGAGGAUUGCCUCACCGUCCGUCAACAGGCACGCAUCUCGCACGCCAGCCCGCAAACGUUAAUAGUCGUCACGCGACAGACGCACGGACUAAAAACAGCAGUUGUUCUGAUUCAGCACUCGACGUCGGCCUUGGCAGAAUAAUGGCGGACAUGAGAGAGAAGAUGAGCGCCGUCUGCCUAAAGAUCUGCCCGAGAGGGCCCGUCCCCUCCGACGAGGACUCCGGCGAGGAGAAAGUGCAGAUGAAGAGAGAAAUCUCCCUGAUCAACGGCAUCUGUCUAAUCGUGGGCAACAUGAUCGGCUCGGGCAUCUUCGUGUCGCCGAAGGGCGUCCUGAUGCACAGCGCCUCCUUCGGACUGUCCUUGCUCAUCUGGGUACUGGGGGGAGUCUUCUCCGUCUUCGGGGCCCUGUGCUACGCCGAGCUAGGCACCACCAUCGCCAAGUCCGGAGCCAGUUACGCCUACAUCCUGGAGUCCUUCGGAGGCUUCCUGGCCUUCAUCCGCCUCUGGACGUCCAUCUUUCUCAUCGAGCCGGCCAGCCAGGCCGUCAUUUCGCUCACCUUUGCCAACUACCUGGUGGAGGCCUACUACCCCACCUGCUCCCCGCCUCACGACGCCGUACGCCUCAUUGCGGCGGCCUGCCUUUGCAUGCUCAUCUUCAUUAAUUGUGCCUGCGUAAAGUGGGGAACUCUGGUCCAGGACAUCUUCACUUACGCCAAACUCUCAGCCCUCCUUCUCAUCAUCAUGGUGGGAAUCCUCCAAUUGCUGACGGGAGAGAGCGACAGCUUCGAAAGCCCCUUUGAGGGUUCCUCCACGGAUCCCGGAGCCAUCGCUCUGGCUUUCUACUCGGCGCUCUUCUCCUACUCUGGCUGGGACACGCUCAACUUUGUCACCGAGGAGAUUCAGAAUCCAGAGAGGAAUCUGCCGCUGGCAAUCGCCAUCUCCAUGCCCAUCGUGACCGUCAUCUACCUCCUGACUAACGUGGCCUACUACGUGGUUCUGGACAUGCCCUCUCUGCUGGCCAGUGACGCCGUGGCCGUGACCUUCGGGAAUCAAGUCCUGGGACCGUUCAAUUGGAUCAUCCCUGUGUCUGUGGCCAUGUCCUGCUACGGUGGACUCAACGCGUCCAUCAUCGCUGCUUCCAGGUUGUUCUUCGUGGGCGCCCGAGAAGGUCACCUCCCCGACACCUUGAGUCUGAUCCACCUGGAGCGCUACACUCCCAUCCCUGCGCUUUUGUUCAACGGCAUGAUGGGAUUGAUUUUUCUAUGCGUGGAGGAUGUCUUUCAGCUGAUUAACUAUUUCAGCUUCAGCUACUGGCUGUACGUGGGCCUGUCCGUGGCCGGUCUGAUUUAUCUGCGCAUCACCCAGCCGGACAGACCCAGACCUGUGAAGCUGGCCUUGUUCUUCCCGUUCAUCUACUGCCUGUGCAGCCUGUUCUUAGUCCUCGUCCCUUUGUACGGAGACACGGUCAACUCUCUCAUCGGCCUCGCCAUCGCCCUCUCCGGCGUGCCCGUUUAUUACGUGGCCAUCCACCUGCCCGAGGAGAGACGGCCCAAAUUCCUGCGCACGCUAAACGUCUUUGCGACCAGAAACACCCAAAAACUGCUCUACUGCUGCUUGACGCAACCUGACGAGAAAAGACAGUGAUGCGGGCGUGCGGUCGCCCGCUUUUCAAAGGUCAUUUUGUCUCACAGACGGGAGAUAAACAAGCCCCGACACGUGUACGUGGACGGGUUAAAAAAGAUCUGCGGUUUCAAAUGACGGUGGAGGAAGAGGGGGGGCGGGCAGACGGCGUGCCCCUCACUGCUUCAGAUUAAAUUGGGGUGGAUGUGGCCUGCAGACUGGAAGGAGGGCCCCAGGCCUGGAUAAAUUCCCCAUUCCAAGUUGGUGCAUUUGAUAACUAUGUAUUAUUUAAUCUUACCUAGGAUAUUACGCGGUGUAAUUCUCAAUAGAGACGAGAUCAUUCAAUAUCUUCCAUGAGGAUUUUACAAAUGCAAAGCUAUUCUAGAUGUACACUUUGUUUUCAAGAGUGUUAUUCCGUGCAUGGGUUUGACUUCUAUUGUAAGACUGGCUACUGUGGUUAUUGAGUAGCGUUGAUAUCAUCGAUAUCAUUUUUUUUUUGGCUCCCGUUACCAAUUCUGUGUGGAAUUGGCUGAUGUAGAUACUGUACCGAUACCAUGUUUUGUUUUGUUUUUUGAUAAAAAUGUUUUUUCAAAUGUUUCUUUUCAUACUAAAUAACUACAACGCAUAAAAGUCGUGACUAUCAUGGCUUGUUCACACACUUUCAGCGCCAUUGAUGGUACUCGACGUCCAAUCCAUUUGGAGUGGUGACAGUGAACGAAGGAACGUCCAUUCGCUGGCAGUGAGUUUAUCACUAGUAGACGUCCAUUCCAUUUGAAGUGGGUGGG